GAAGCUAAAGAGAUUCUUUUAGUGGAUCUAAAUUCUGAAAUUGAGACCAAACAGGCUUUUACAGAAGAGGAUAUCUUCUUGAAUGGCAUCACCCUUCCUCCACAACAAAAGCCACAACCACCCUUCUUGCCUGAGAGUUCUUUCUCUACCAAUCUCAGCUUCUUUCCCACACCUAAUCCAGACCCUUUCAGUGAUGAUCCUUUCACACAGCCAGACCAAUCUGCACCACCUUCAUUUGAUUCUCUAAAAUCUGCUGAUCAGAAGAAGGAAGGUCCAAUUACUUUGGCACCAGUGGGCAAUGGUGCCCCAAAUGGGGAUACUGACUACUUUGGUAAACAGUUUGACCAGAUUUCUAACAGAUCUGGCAAACAAGAAGCACUGUCAAUCCAGUGGCCACUUGAGAGUAAGUUUCCUGCAGCAAGAAUUCCAAAUGGGGUACCAGAAGGAGAACAGAAUGGCUUUCUUAAAGCCCCAUCAAACCUGUUCAUGGAAGGUUCUUCCAAAGGAGUAUCUCUGCAGAAUGGAGUAAAGCUGGAUUCUGAAAGCAAUAUCCCAUUCAUGUCACAUGAGUCUAUAACCAUUAGCCCACCACCACAAAGUACCAAACCAGGAAGAGGAAGGAGGUCUGUCAAGACUGCACCAAAUGACCUUCUUAGCCCAGAUUUCUUUGUGCCAGCUACAGAGAGCUUUAGCCUGACCUCAGUGGCACAAACAGGACCUGUGCCAACAAGUCCGCUGGACCUCUUCAGCACAAGUACUACCACAGCACCUCCAUUGUCUAGUCUAGGUGGCUUGUCAGUAACUUCAUCACCUUGGAGUGCACAGACAUCUGCCUUUUCUCAGUCUGCAUCAGUCUUUCCUGGGUCUGUGAUGCCUGCUCAGCCUACAGGAUUUACUCAACCACUUGCCUUUGGUACUCAAGCCUUGCCAAACUGGAGCCAGCCUACAUCUUUUGGUCCAGUAGUCCCUCUGUCCUCUGGUAUCUGGGCACACACAGCACAAGUUCCAUCUAAUUCCUGGCCACAGCCAUCCAGUGCUAUAAAUCCCUUCCAGAGUAGUGUGUUCCCACCAUCAACGCUACCUGCUCAGACACCAUCUGUGCUGCCUUCCGUGUCAACAACAGCUAGCCCACCUCAGCCACCACCUAGACCUGCACCUCAGAAGGAGCCAUCCAAGAAAGAAAGUGAUGCUUUUAUUGCUCUGGAUCCACUUGGUGAUAAAGAGAUGAAGGAUGUCAAGGACAUGUUCAAAGACUUCCAGCUGACAAAGCCACCUGCAGUACCAGCAAGGAGAGGAGAGCAGCAAAGCCUUUCAGAACCACCAAAGCCUGCUCCCCGACAGAGUGUGCUGCCAGCUGAUGACCUGUUUGUAAGUCAAGCUAAAACAGAUGUUUUCAGUCACUCAUCUAAAGAAUCUCUCAAACCUCCUUCUGGACACUUCGGUGAUCCUUUUGGCAACCCAUUUGCAUAG